GCAACGAAACCCGUCAGUCUGCAUUCCAGCAAUCCGCGCCGCCAGACGCCAGUGCACACGCCAGAGUGGACGCCACCAGAGCAAAGCAUUCACAUAAAAAACCCCAAAUUCACCCCCAAAAAGUGCACCCCCCCCCGAUAAAAUCAAAAUAAUCGGCACAAGUUCAAAAUAAUUAAGCGCAAGCGCUAAAAUUCCCUCGCACGCGGGACUAAAGCGAGGAAUAACGACUAAAAAUGUCGAAAAAUGGAUUGAUCUCGAGCACGAGUGCAUCCCAGUGAUUGAAUCUGUGUUGUUUUUAUUUUCUGGUCAAAGGGAAUAAACCGACUGGUUGGACGCAAAAGGAAUGUGUCAAGAUGGUACGAAUAUCGGUGACCCUGUCCAGCGCCUUGACGCUCAUCUUCCUUGUUUUAGACGGUUCGAAUGCCUCAGGUCCGCGCCAAGAGCUUGGGAUGCAGUUCACGCGUCACCCUCAGCCCCUAGUAACGCCCCUCGGUGAUGAAGUGGUCUUUGAGUGCAGCCUGAGCCUCCCAGCGGAGAAAUUCACCUGGCGUCAUCGUCCCCUGAACUCAAACCGCUGGUUACCCCUGCCAAAUCCCAAUGCCAACCCGGGUGUCAGGAAGACUUCCAAGCUGGUUGUCAACUUCGAUGACCCCUCGAAAGCCGGUGACUACAGAUGCAUCGCAUAUUACGGUACAAGUGGGCUAGCCUCGGAUUCAGGUCGCCUGAGCCUAGCGAAGAUCGAUCAAUUUAGCGACAAAUCAGACGUAGAGAUAAAGGUCCCAUCUGGCAACACAGUUCCCAUAACCUGCCCCGUUCCCUUCUCCUCCCCCGAUCCAACAGUUCUGUUCUUCAAAGACGACAUCUCCAUAAGACCCACGAAUCUAGCCGGCGGUAAAACAAUAGUCCUGGAGAACGCUCAACCCUCAGACUCCGGGAGCUACCACUGUACAGCUUACAACGAAUUCGCCGGCCUGACAGUCCGGAGUAAUCACAAGACAAAACUGACCAUUCACAAAGACGAGAGAAUCGUUCCCCCAUUUUUUGUUAAACAACCACAGACUGAGUACAAGGUUCUUCGAGGAAGGAACGUCACCCUCGAGUGCUUCGGCGCAGCGUAUCCGAUACCAAUGGUCACCUGGUCGAGACUUGUAGGCAACCUACCCUCGGGAUCUCAGUACACACCUGCAGGAUUAGUCCUGACUAAUGUCCAACCACAGGAUCGAGGGGAGUACCACUGCAUGUGGACUUCAGGCGUUCACAAAAUUGAAUCUGUGAUUAUCUUGAAGGUGGUGGAGGCACCGCGAGUGACGCGCUUCCCGAAGGCGUCGACAUUCUCCGAAGGCGGUGAGCUCGAGCUCUCCUGCAUGACAUCAGGUCAGCCAGAGCCCACCAUCGACUGGUUGAUAAACGGCGAGCCCCUCCAGAGGAGUCCCAACAUCGAGAGUAAAGGUUCAACCCUCUUCGUGUCAUCCGUCGAGAAGAAGCACGCCGGUAUCGUCCAGUGUGUCGCUAGUAACGAGUACGGCUCCCACUCGGGUUACAAUCUCCUCCGUGUGAACCCCAAGCAGCACCCCGGAGGCAGUGGAGACCACUCGAAGCAGGAGGGCCACGGAAUACCCGGGGGUGUGCACAAGCACAUAAGAAUGGGUGGCAAGAGGAAGAACAAGGAGGGCCACCGACGAGGAACUGUUCUCUUCCCCCCAAAUCAGCCCAACGUAACCCGACUCUCGGACGUCUCAGUGAUGGUUCGCUGGUCAGUCCCUGAGAACACUGGUCUCCCCAUCCAAUUCUUCAAGGUUCAGUACAAAGAGUUCGGCUCCAAAGCCAGUAGUAAGCAGUCCAAGUGGAUGACCUCCAACAUGGAAAUACCCAAUCACGUGAGGUCCUUCGAAGUCCCUGAACUCCAGCCAAACAGCUUCUAUCGUUUCCGAAUAGCCGCUGUCUACUCCAAUCACGACAAUAAAUUGAGUCCAAAUUCUGUCAAAUUUCAUCUGACGAGGAUGGAGGGUUUUGAGACGAACAAAAUGCCAAUUCCCUUGUUGACGAAUACUGAGGCUCUUGGGGCUGACAGGGUUCUUCUCAUCUGGCAAAAUCCCGACAGGUCUGUGGACAUCGAUGGCUUCUACAUCUACCACAGGGCCUCGACAACAGCUGGGGACUACAUCAAGACAACUGUUGAGGGAAAAAACUCGACCAACAUCACUAUUUCUCAUCUUCAGCCUGACACAACGUAUGAGUUCAAGGUCCAGAGCUUCUCGGUGGGGGCAGCUUCGGAGUUCUCCAAGAUCAUCAGGGAGAAGACUCUGAAGGCUGUGACGGAACCACCGAGGGUGGAGACUGCUGUGCCUGAUAAUGCGCCCAAGAGCACUGGGAGUGGACAGAGUGGCAGUCUUUAUGCCAUUAUUGGUGGGGCACUGGGGGGAGCUACUCUGCUGGGGGUCAUGGGGGCCAUUGUCGUUAUUUAUAAGAGAAGCAGUAUUAAGCAAAAUCGAGAUGCAUCCCAGAAUCAAGGAAAACACAUGACGAAUGGCCGAGUGCUGAACGGUGGAGUCACGGACUCAAAGAUCAACAUAACAUCGAAUCCCCUAGCUGUUCUCGACACGUCAGAGACGACUCAAGCCACGAAUAACAUGAAUUCCCUGCCUAAGAGCGGACAAUAUGCAUCGAUGGAGAUGACGUCUUUCGUUAAUGGCCAGAACAACAACACGAGUGCUAACGAGCUACCAGCUGGCAGUGGACCAAAUGCCCAUGCUGUCAGGAGUGAUGCAUCAUCAGGACCCAUCGAUCAUCAUCUCUGAAAUCAAUAAUCCUUCCUACGAUAAGCCAUUCUCCUAUUUAUUCGCGAGUAACUGAGAGAUUACUGACUCAAAGUUCAAUAAUGACACAACACAAGACUUGUUUUUAUAGAUUAUUAACGAUUAUUUGAGUGAUCCUGUAGGCAGCUCUGGGAGACGAAUUAAUUACAUGAUAUUAAUUAUAAAACCGUAAAUGAUGUUCCUCGAUGUGUAAAUAGUACUGUAGAUUCAAUGAUCAUUGUUUCGGGGAUGUCAGACCCAUCACUCUCGAGUAUUAUCGAACGAGGAACUCUGUGGCUUGCACUAGGUUCUCAAGAUGUUUUUUUUUCUCAAUAGAUCGCUAGAAGCCGUAUCGCUGCUUUAGCUAACAGUAUUGACUCAUUUUUCAUGUAGUCGUAGGUCUAAUUACUACGUUUAAAGCAAUUAUAAUUCGAUUUUGGAAAACACUGGAAUGGGGAGACACCGGUGAAUCAAGUGCCUGAAUAGAAAUUAUGGAGGUGAUACUUUUGGUUGUGCAACGUAAGAUUUUUUAUCAAAUAUUAAACUGCGUUUUUGAUUGACGAGGGAUUGAGAGGAUAAAUUGUAUAUAAAAUUUGUAAAAUUGUAUUUUUAUGGUUGGUUUAGCAUAAUGAGAUUGGAAUUAAUAAAAUUGGGGAAUUUGCGGGCGCGAUGGUUCACAGAUAUGUAAAUAUUAUGUAUCUUAAACUGAUGGGGUUUAAAAUGGAAUUUAUGGGGAGGCUUGCAGUGCAACGGAGCUGAGGGACAUUGUACAUAAACAUUUUUCUAGAUUUUCCUUAAUGUUAGGGGUGUAUCAUGUGCCUUGCAUCUUGCCUCGAUGACUUUUAUAAAAGAAUAUUUAUAUACAC